AUGCAGCACAGCGAGGCGGGCGUGGUCGAGGGGGUGACCUUCCUUCAGUUGCUCACCGUAUGUCUUGGGAGGCGAGUUGACGAAGGCCUCGGCGACAUAGGCCACGCGCUGCCGCACGGCUCCAGGCGGCGAAGCCAGCCGCGCGAAGCCGAGCUCCUGACGGCCGGGCGGCCGCCUCCGCCGCCGCCCUUUGGCCCUUCCUGGUGGGCCUUGCCCCUGCCUCUGCUCCUGCUCCCCCCCCUGCUUCUUCUCCCCCUGGGUGACGACGACUCCAGCCGUUUCUCUUCAGCUGCUCAUGACUCCUAG